AAUGAAGGUCUCCAGAAUUACUAUGGCUACAGACAGUAAAACAGGAAGUUAUGCUUAAUGUGCCUCAGACACAAAUAACACAAGUGGCACAAGAAACAAGAUCACAGAUGAGUGAAAACGACAAAUAACAGAAGUGGUGCAAUUAACUGCCUUAGACACAAGUAACACAAGUGGUGCAAAAAACAAGAUCACAAAUGAGUGAAAACGAGCCAUUACUACAAAAUGAUUACACCGGAGUGUCACUUCACUCAAAUUUCUUAAACCCCCUUUAUUUGUUUUAUUAGGAUGUCGACUGGCUAUUAAUAAAUGAUUCCCUGAAUAGCUCAAGAUUGGAUGAUUUAGAGAGAAAACAUAUUGGGGCAUAUUCACUAAACAGCCAUUUUUAUGGGAGCUCAGUGACAUAAGGAUUAUUCUGGUGGGGAAGACUGGAACAGGCAAGAGUGCGACAGGAAACACAAUUCUGAGACAGGAAGUGUUUGAGUCUGAGGCCUCACCUAUGGGGGUUACAGCACAAUGCAGCAGUGGUUUUGUGCAGGACGGAGGAAGAAGAGUCUAUGUGGUUGACACGCCAGGGUUUUGUGGAUCGCUGACUAAAGAAGGCAUGAAGACACAUUUGGAGCAGUGUGUUGAGCAGUCUGUUCCUGGUCCUCAUGUGUUCCUGCUGGUCGUCAAUCUGGAUGCAAGAUACACAGCAGAGGAGAUGAACACCGUGGAACUGAUUCAGCAAAACUUCGGAGAAGAUGCCGUGCAACACACCAUCAUCCUGUUCACCAGAGCAGAUCAACUGAAACGUAAAUCUUUGCAGCAGUAUAUAGCAGAAAGCCAGGACCUGAGGAAACUGACAGACAACUGUGGUGGAAGAUAUCACGCAUUCAACAAUAAUGACAUGAGGAACCGCUCUCAAGUCACAGAGCUUCUGAAGAAGAUUGACAGAAUGAUCCAGGAAAAUGGAGGAAGGUAUUACACCAACAAGAUGUUUGAAGAAGCUCAAAAAAAGAUGAAGAGUAAAGAGAUAAUGAAAAAGGUAAAAGAUGUGGCAAUAGGGACAUCUACUGUAGGAACAGGAACAGCAGUAGCAGGAGGUGUCGCCCUGGGAUUAACAGAAGCCGUGGUUUUACCUGCUGUUGCAAUCGGAGUUGGAGCUGCUGUAGCUGCAGUUGGAGUGGGAAUAGGUGUGGGAAUGGGUGUGAAACUGAUCGUGGACAAAAUCAAGGAAAAAGAAAAGAAGAACAAUUAGCCUAAAACAGCAAAACUCUUUUCAACACAUACAUACUCAGAUCUUGUCUUACUUCAUCUGAUCUGUUUUAUUAUACACGUCCUCAACAUAAAUGUGAAAUGAAAAUGAUCUUUUCCACCUAUUGUUUCCAGCUUCUUUUAAUUUUUAUAAGCAUUUAAAGAAAUUACUUUGGUUACUUUGUUUUUGUAGCUGAUGACUCUAGAAAGACUCUAGUAUGUAAAAAAAAAAAAAAAAAAGAUUAAAUAAAUGAAAUGUAACCAA